ACUCAGCUCUUGACAUGACGCUAAAGGCCCUCGUGAACGUAAACGUUCUUAAAGAACAAGUUGUAAAGUACAAUAAACAACCAGUCCCUGACAACCUAGGAGAACAAGUUCUAUGUGCGCUACAAAGUUUAUUUACCUCUGUUGUGUCAGAGGAAAUAAAAACUGAGGGAGUCUACACUCUCAUCUUGAGAGACUUACUCGUGUCCCUAGAAGAAGUUGAUUCCAUGUCGAGUGGUGCUGCUGAGGUACUUGUAACCAUCCUUGAGUCUUGGCAUUGCUGGAAAAAUUCAGAAAGAGAUAGCUUGGUGGAUCGGCUUUUCACGUUGGAGGAAAAUGAAAGAAUGAGUUGUAGAAAUGCGGAAGGAGCCAAAUUAUCCAGAGCAGAGUUCUUACGGCAUUGGUGGCUUCAGAUUCAAUCAGAAACGUGA